UCCACCACGUCAUCUGCUCUCGACUUUCACUCCAUCAAAAGUUUGUUUAUAUUAUGUAUUAUUGCAGAAAAUUAAAUAAUUUGCACAAAUAUUUGCAACAUUGUGUUGUCUGGGCUUAUAAAAAUUUAGCAGAUCUUAGAAACCUCCCAGAUUAUGUAGCUGUUUAAGAUACAAACUACUUUAUUUACACAAUAGACAACAUUAUUUAAGGAGUAAGUUAAUUAUUUAAUCAAUUUUUGUCGAAAAUGGUGCAAAUUUUUCCCUCAACUAAUUUAUCCCCUUACGUCCACCUCACUCGGGACGACCGGGUUGAAACAGCGGUGCAAAAUUGGCUCAGACAAGAAAGUGAGAAACAAGAUGCCAAUUAUUGUUUCCUUUGCUCAUCUUUAAUUCAAGAUUCGAGAUUGCCCUUCUCCGCAUCCCUCGUCGCGGAACAGAUUGCGCUUUGCAAAAAUUUCCUGAUAGAGCUUGACCUCGCCAAUUAUUCAAAUGAGAUCAACCCUGAAUCAAUAUCGUGCCAAAAUUGUAUCCAAGAAGUUUGCAGAGUGUGGAAUUUACACGAGGAAAUAUUAAUUAUAAGGAGACAAAUCGCAGAAAUUUUGUCCAGGUUGGUACAGCAGAGAAAAUCAGAUUUUCUUCCUUCCAUUUCAGAUUCCAAUAAUCCCGUCCCCCUAAAUGCUAAUCAUGGCUCGGAAAUAAGCGCGUUUGACGGUGCGAUCCAAUUUUUUGGGAGAGAAGUCGAGGCGACGAGGGUCGCAAUAAAUGGCCCGACCGGAAAUGAAGACAUUGUUCGCAGCGUUUUUACCGGUGGACCCCCUGCAACUCUUGGGAACGACACGGUAUCAAAUAACCUCGUCGUCACGGUGAAAGUAGAGCAGCCAGAUUCAGAAGAUGUGUUGGCAGUAGAAGUUGAACCUGGCCCGGCUCCAAACGUACCGAUGUUCAGGGACCCUCAAACUUGCACAAAUUAUUCUCGUCCUCGCCUCAAGAACAAGAACAAGAUCAAGAACAAGAAGUGUGUCCACUGCGGGAAAGCGUUUUCUAACAACACCCUCCUAUCCAAGCACACCCGUGCCUUCCACGAUAAGGUCAAGUACCCCUGUUCUGUUUGUGGGAGGGAGUUGACCACCGCGCGGCGUUGCGCGGCGCAUGAAGCCAUCAAGUGUGGCGUGGUCCAUUCCCCAGCCGAAUUGAAAAGGGUGGGCCUCAAGCUAUGGAGGUGUGAGUUGGCCUGCUGUGAAUACGUCUCUGCUACGGAGGGCGACUUGAAAUGCCACGUCUUAACCAUACAUAAGAACGUCUUCAGGUGUUCCUCGUGUGAUUGUAAUUACACCUCCAGUCAAGAACUCGCCGUGCAUGAGAAGCUGUGCAAAAUUGUGGAGACACUUAAAACGGGCAGUCAACCCAUCAAGAUCGAGACGGAAUCGAGCCCCAACUUUUACGAAAGUACGGAAUCCCCCUCCUCCGCCAUUGAUAUAGUUCAAAGUAUUCUUGUUGGGGAACGUAUCGCUGAAUUGCGGCGCAAAUCUUCGACCUCUCAGUUAAACGGAUGCACGCUACGCGAAAAUACGGAAUCCUCCGCCACCUCCUCGAUUGAUAUAGUUCAAAGUGUCGUUGUUGGCCAACGUAUGAUCGCGGAAUUGCUGCGUAAAUCGUCCACGUCUCAGUUAACUGUACCUGAAACCAGGAAGAGCGAAAUCCCCAAUACCCCCAGGGAUGUCCCCCGUAGUCGGGUCAGUCUUCUGCAAAGGGGUGAAAUGUGCGAAGAACUGAACACGUAUUACGCCCAGCACAACCUUACCGAUUACAGUCGGGCAGCAUAUUAUAAAAAGAAGUGCCCCUGUUCCGUCUGUGGGAUGUGGUUGUCGUCCCCGAAGGAUUGUGCGGCUCAUGAGGUCGUCAUGUGUAAAGUGGCCCAUCCUCCCGAGUUGUUGGAGAAAAUGGACAUUAAUAUAGUCACGUGCCCUCUGGUGGGUUGUGAAGAGUUGUUUUGGAGGGAAAAUGACUUGGACAAUCAUGUCCUCACCAGCCACAAAAAUAAGCAAGCGACGACCUAAUUUCACCAGGAACUUAGACCUUUACACUUGAGUAAAAUGCCGCAAUCCGUCACUGUUCACAAUCAUGUAUUCGAUAUAGAAUUAAUACAUAAAUAAUUAAUCCAUUAUCCAAUAAAUUGGUUAAUAGUUAGGGAAUAAUUUUUUCAAGAUUUUUGAAUCAGUGAAUAUUGAAUGGAUUUAUUUCAUAUUCAUUAAGAAUGAACGAAUAAUUAUUAUUUUCACCUAAUGCUUAUCGAAUUUGAGAUCAAAUUAUGUAAUAGUAAAUGAAUAUAUUUACUUUAAAAUUUUGAAUAAAUGAAUAACGAAUGAAUAGUUUAUUCAUG